AUGGUUUACCAGCAGGCCAUUCUCCUCAUCCUCGUUCCAUUUGGUCGGAUAUUCCCUCAGUGUUCCCCGCAUUCGCCCAAGGGAAACAAUAAAGAGGCAAACGAACCCCUCUCAGUCAUAUGCGAAAUGCUGGGUCACCGUGCACCUGCGAACAAAGCAGCCAGAGCGAAAUCAUUCAUUGUACCCAACGGGAGUUCGGGCUUCUUUGGGCAAUUAAGCCGGCAGAUCGAGGCAGAUGGGAAACUGGCAAUAUUGUGGCCCAGCAUUCAAUCAAGGAACAAAGGAUUUGUUGUCGAGCUUUCAGAGAUUACUGCUGAAAGAGCCAUGGGGUGCAGCCGGCUUUGA